AUGACCCCGAGAAAUUCUCUCAAGUUUAUUACCAUUGUGACUCUAGCUAGUCUUGCUCGCUUUUCCUCUGCUAUCUCUAUCCGCAACACACAGCGCAUUUCAUGGACGCCUUGUGGCAAUGCAACUCUACCCCGCGAGUGUGGGCGAUUUGAAGUGCCGUUGGACUAUGCAGACAAUGCGGCCGGUACUGGAUCUUUGGCAGUCGCUAGGCUCAAUGCUACAGUUUCACCUCGUCUGGGAACUAUUUUUAUCAAUCCUGGUGGCCCAGGCGAAAGUGGUGUCGAUUGGGUACUUAGUGAUGACAUGUUUCUCAUUCUGAACGGCACCGGCGGCCAAUAUGACAUUGUUAGCUGGGACCCUCGCGGAGUCGGAAGUACCGUACCCAGGGUUGAUUGUUUUGAAUCGAGGGCAGAGGAGAAAAAGUUCUGGAACGGAUCCAUUCGUGGUAGCGAUAGUCUUGAAGUUCGGACCGACCUUAGAAACACCACCGCACGGGACGAGUUUUAUUCGCACCUCGAUGAGGUGGACGAGAUACUCAUCAAGUUUGGAAAGCAAUGCAACUCUCAAAGUAAGGAUAUGCUGAAAUACGUCGGAACGGCUGCCACAGUUCGGGAUAUGGUUGCCUUGCAUGAUUACUUGGAAGGAACCCGUCUGAUCAACUAUUGGGGAGUUUCAUAUGGGACCAUACUUGGGAGCUAUUUCGUAAAUAUGUUUCCUGAACGAGUUGGACGGAUUAUCAUCGAUGGUGUCGUCAAUCCAUGGGAUUGGGCUGUGCAUCAGCCUCUACAAAUUGUGUAUGGCUCAAUAAACUCGAGUGAUGCCAACUUCAACGCAUUUGCUUCCCACUGCGCCGCUGCCGGUCCAUCUAAAUGUGCUAUUUCUCAGCAAAACUCUACCACAGAAAGUAUUCGGAACUGGGUCUUUGAUUUGAUUUCUCUUGCAUACGAUCAUACAGUGGCUACUGGAGGGACAGUCAUUACUUCUGGACAAUUAAGAGCGUUCCUGUGGGGGAGCCUGUAUCAUCCAAGACAGUGGCCCGAUUUGGCUCAGAGCCUUGCUCAAAUCUCAGCAGCGCUUUCCAAUCCCACUAGCUCGCCCGGUACCCAUCAAGUUCGCGAUUUUUCUCGUCAGGUCCAUCCGGUGCCUCUUGUGGGACGUGACAAUAAUGCGAGCACAUCUGAUCCGGCCAAAGUUUACGCCUAUCAAGCGAUCACUUGUGCCGAUGCUGUUGAUGCAGGGAACAGCACCACUAAACAAGGGUUCGAUACUAUUGUGGAUAUUACUAAUAACUAUACUCGGAUGUUCGGGCCUUUCAUAUGGUUUUCUGGCGAGAUGUACUGCCACCAUUGGCCUGUUCGCGCUGUGGAGCGUUUCACUGGACCGUUCAACCACACACUUCAGAAUAAAAUAAUGGUGAUUGGAAAUUUAUACGACCCCAUCACUCCGUUUGCCUCAGCCAAAGCAGUGGCUGAAGGUCUCGGAGAUUCAGCAGUGUUAUUGAAGCAUAACGGAUAUGGACACACCUCUUUAUUCAUGCACUCCAGCUGCACUGUUGCUGCGACCAGCAAUUACUUUACAGCCGGAGAGCUCCCACCAGCGGGAACCGUCUGCGAGACGGAUGAAAAGCUGUUCCCUUGA